AUGUGGAACGACGAGGAAGACAACAACCCGUACGGGAUCAGCUUUGACCAUCGUGAUCCCGUCACCCCGUCUACUGCCACGCCCGGCUCGCGCGACUCGUUGGAUGACUCUCCGGAUGAGGCUGAUCCCGACUGGGAAUAUGUAGUCCAGCAGCGCUUCGAGACCCCCAGCACCCCCUCGACCAGCGAUGAAGCUCAGCCUCAUCCGAGCUACAGACGGCAGUCUAGCGAUGGCGAGAGCGAAGAUGACUCCCCGGACAACUCGGCGCCGAAGAGGAAGCCCGGCGGCUACGAUAGCCGGAUCGAACAGAUCCUCUACGAAAACCCCGAGCUUCCGAUCAUGAUCACAGAUGCCGGCAAGGGCAUGGAAAGUGGUGGUAAAGCUAUCGUCUAUACCAUCAGAACUGGGGAUCUUGAAGUCCGUCGUCGCUACUCGGAGUUUGCGUCUUUACGAGAUGCACUGACAAGGCUCCAUCCAACACUCAUCAUUCCACCGAUCCCAGAAAAGCAUACAAUGGCAGACUAUGCUGCGAAUCCGACUAGUGCGAAACAAGACCAGCAGAUCAUAGACUUGCGGAAGCGGAUGCUUGCUGUCUUCUUGAACAGGUGUCGAAGAAUGGAACAAGUGAGAAACGAUGGUAUCCUAUGGAGGUUCCUCGACCCCAACGUUAGCUGGAACGAAGUUCUACAUUCACAUCCCAUCUCAUCUAUCCCGAAGUCAGUCAUGAAAGCCCCGCCGUUGGAUACCGCGAAUCCUACGGCAGCACAUGCAUGGCUUCCGGUGCCUGCUACUUCGGCGAAGCUCAAGAGCCCGGUAAACCAACCACAGACUCCAAACUUUGAUAGCACGAGCUCCCCUGCCUCUCAAGCAGUCCGUCGGUUCCCACCGGAUGCCCACGACCUGAGCGAGCAGGAGCUAGAUCCCUACUUUAUUGCCUUCGAAGCAUCAAUCAAGGAACUAGAGCACGCUUUGUCGGGGCCCAUGGAAAAGGUCAACCGUCGAACUCUCAACCAUCUCAGUACUCUCGCUACAGAUCUUUCCGACCUGGGUGCCAAGUUCAAUGCGUUCGCGCUUUCGGAACCGUCACCAUCGCUUGGUGCAGCCAUCGAGCGCGUGGGCCAGGCUGCAGAUACAUCAUAUAUCGCGACCGAAGAACUCUCAAAUGCAUUGGGCGCAAGCUUCGCCGAACCUAUGAGAGAGAACGCGCAAUUCGCCGGGGUUGUUCGAACCGUCCUGCGAUACAGGGUCCUCAAGAGAGUUCAGCAGGAGAUGACUAACGAUGAUCUCCUGAAGAAGAAGGCGCUUCUGGAGCAAUUAGAGAGUAGCGAGGCCGAAGCGAAACGGAUCGAGCAAUAUCUCAGCAGCAGUCAGCAGAUCGGGAGCAACCAGCAUGUCCAACCGCCUCGGAGAUCUUCUAGUAUGAAAGAAACAUCGACGCAGCACCAUAGGGAGGGCAGUGGUGAGGAUACGGCUUCGAUCGAUUCGGAUUUUCCACCUACCCAUGGUGACGUCUCGUCAGCACCAUCAGCGAGGGUAGGAGUUCCGGAGCGUUCGAUCUCUAAUCCCUCGCACAAGAAGGCGCCGAGUGGUAAUUCUUUCUCGAACAAGAUCUUCGGGCCCAUUCGUCAUGCAAUUCAGGGUGUUGCUGAUGUCGACCCGGAGCGGACUCGGCGUGAUACCAUUGGCAAAACAUUGGAAAGCAUUGAACACCUCGAACAAGCUCAAGUGGUUGCAGCGCAGGACGUCAAAGAUGCGAGUGCCAGCAUUUUGCAGGAUCUUAAACGGUUUCAGGCUGAGAAGGAGGAUGAUAUGAAGCGUUACAUGCUUGCCUAUGCCCGGAGUCAAAUCGAGUGGGCAAAGAAAAACAAGGAAACGUGGGAGGAGGCAAAGGCGGAGAUCGACAAAAUCGACGAGACGUAG